AUGGUUCAGAGGCCGUCUCCUCGAGGAACACAUCAGCUCAGGACUUCAAGCUCUGAUUCAGAUCCACUCCAUCAUCGACCAAUCACUGACCGAAGUCCAAAGCUAGGAGAUCGUCGUUCCCCAAGAGGUACACAAUCUGAUCCACUAAAUCAAAAGAAGCUUGGAACCCGCCUUGCUGAUUUAGAAUCGCAACUUGGGCAAGCACAAGAAGAGCUAAGGAUUUUGAAAGAGCAGUUGGCUUCAGCUGAGGCUGCAAAGAAAGAAGCCCAAGAGAAACUGGAAAAGAAAAUUAAGAAACCAGUUGUGACUUCAGAGCCAGUGAAAAUCCAUGGAACGCAUCCCUCAUUGGAGAUCCAAGAUUCUAACAAAACAGACAGUUGUACCUCUGAGGAAGUUCCAGAUGACUGCCAAAGGGAAACUGAUGUUUUCGAAGUCCCUGUGGAACGUGUCACAGUUGAGCCCAAGGUUGAACCUAGUGAGACUGAUCAAGUGGAAGAAGAAACCAAACCAGUUGAUAUAUCAGCUGAACCACCAUCAGUUAUGGAACCAGAGAAACUGUCCUUACAUGACCUGGCUUUGAAGAAUGAUGAGAUAAACAUGCUAAGAGCUGAGUUGGAAGAGAAGGCAAAGGAGCUAGAGGUGUUUGGUCAAGAAAAUGAGGGUUUGAAAAAUCAGCUGAAUGAGGCAGCUUUAAAUUUCUCAUCUGCACAAGCAAAGGACAAGGAAAUGACCUUGAAGUUAAGCCAGCUUGAAGAAGAGCUGGAAGCAAGUAAGGCCAGUGCAGGCCAGUUGAAUGAGAAGCUGCAAGCAAUGGAAGGAGCAAAGGAAACAAUGGACGCUGAGAUGAAGAAGAUGAGAAUACAGACAGAGCAGUGGAGAAAGGCAGCAGAUGCUGCUGCAGCAGUACUUUCUGGGGGUAUGGAGAUGAAUGGGAGGAUUUCUGAGAGGUGUGGCUCCAUGGAUAAGCACUUUGGUGGAGUGUUUGAGCCACCAGCUGGUGGCUAUGCUGGCUUUGUUGGGUCACCUGCUGAUGAUUUGGAUGAUGGAUUUGGUAGUGGGAAACGAAAGGGUUCCGGGAUAAAAAUGUUUGGUGACUUGUGGAAAAAGAAGGGCCAGAGAUAG